AUGCAAAUUAAUUCAGGAGAAAAGUUCACCUGUGAAACAUGCAGCAAAUCUUUUUACAGGAAGGAUCAUUUAAAACUGCACAUGAGAACACACACAGGUGAGAGACCAUACUCCUGUAGUACCUGUGGGGAAAGCUUUGAUAAGUCUUCAGUUUUAAAAAUGCACAUGCUUUUCCACUCAGGACAAAAGUUGUUCACCUGUGAAACAUGCGGCAAAUCUUUUGUCACUACAACAAGACUGAAAAUACACAUGAGAAUACAUACAGGUGAGAGACCAUACUCCUGUGGCACCUGUGGGAAAAGCUUCACUCAGACUUCAGGUUUAAAAUACCACAUGCAAAUUCACUCAAGAGAUAAGUAUUUCACCUGCAAAACCAUAGACUGUAUAUAA